UUCCCUCCCCCAUCCCCCCACCCUCCAGUCCGGCGAACCCGGGGGCUUCAGGAUCUGGGCGCUAUGAAAAGUGUCUGCCCAGUCACUUCCGGUUUUUCUUCCCCCAAUCCCUCUGCUGCUGCUGCUGCUGCUGCUGCUGCUGCUCAAGAGGUCAGAUCUUCCACUGAUGGUAAUACCAGCACCACUCCGCCCACCUCUGCCAAGAAGAGAAAGUUAAACAGCAGCAGCAGCAGUAACGGUAGUAACGAGAGAGAAGACUUUGAUUCCACUUCUUCCUCUUCCACCCCUCCACAACCUAGAGAUUCGGCGUCCCCUUCAACCUCGACCUUCUGCCUAGGGGUUCCACUGGCGGCUUCCAGCCACGUACCGAUACAGAAGAAGCUCCGUUUUGAAGACAACCUGGAGUUUGUAGGGUUUGAUACGAAAAUGGCUGAGGAAUCCUCUUCCUCAUCUUCCUCAUCUUCACCAAUUGCUGCAACCUCUCAGCAACUUAAAAAUAAGAGUAUUUUAAUUUCUUCCGUGGCUUCAGUGCAUCAUGCAAACGGCCUGUCCAAAUCAUCUACCACCGCCUCUAGCUUUGCAAACAGCAAGCCUGGCUCUGCUAAGAAGUUAGUGAUCAAGAACUUUAAAGAUAAGCCUAAGUUACCCGAAAACUAUACAGAUGAAACAUGGCAGAAACUAAAAGAAGCUGUGGAAGCUAUUCAGAAUAGUACUUCAAUUAAGUACAAUUUAGAAGAACUCUACCAGGCUGUAGAAAAUCUUUGUUCUUACAAGAUUUCUGCAAACUUGUAUAAGCAGCUGAGACAGAUCUGUGAAGAUCACAUCAAAGCACAGAUUCAUCAGUUCAGAGAGGAUUCAUUAGAUAGUGUUCUAUUCCUAAAGAAGAUUGAUAAAUGCUGGCAAAAUCAUUGUAGGCAAAUGAUAAUGAUCAGGAGCAUUUUUUUGUUUCUGGAUAGAACUUACGUUCUUCAGAAUUCACUGCUACCCUCCAUUUGGGACAUGGGAUUGGAAUUAUUUCGGGCUCAUAUUAUAAGUGAUCAGAAAGUCCAGACUAAAACAAUCGAUGGCAUCCUUCUCUUGAUUGAGAGGGAACGGAAUGGUGAAGCAAUUGAUAGAAGCUUACUUCGAAGCCUUUUAAGCAUGCUGUCUGAUUUGCAAAUUUAUCAAGAUUCUUUUGAACAACGAUUUUUGGAAGAAACUAAUAGGCUUUAUGCAGCUGAAGGUCAAAAGUUAAUGCAAGAAAGAGAGGUUCCUGAAUAUCUUCAUCAUGUUAACAAACGCCUUGAAGAAGAAGCAGACAGACUUAUUACUUACUUAGAUCAGACCACCCAGAAGUCAUUAAUUGCGAGUGUUGAAAAACAACUUCUAGGUGAACACUUAUCAGCAAUUCUUCAGAAAGGUUUAAAUAACCUCCUUGAUGAGAACCGAAUUCAAGAUUUGUCUCUCCUGUAUCAGCUCUUCAGUAGAGUUCGAGGUGGAGUUCAAGUUCUCUUGCAGCAAUGGAUUGAAUAUAUCAAGGGUUUUGGGAGCACUAUUGUUAUUAACCCUGAAAAAGAUAAAACCAUGGUUCAAGAAUUGUUGGACUUUAAAGAUAAGGUUGACCAUAUAAUUGAUAUCUGCUUUCUGAAGAAUGAAAAAUUUAUCAAUGCUAUGAAGGAAGCAUUUGAAACAUUCAUUAAUAAAAGACCAAAUAAACCUGCUGAACUGAUAGCUAAGUAUGUAGAUUCAAAACUUCGUGCAGGCAAUAAAGAAGCUACGGAUGAAGAGCUUGAGAAAAUGUUGGAUAAAAUUAUGAUCAUAUUUAGAUUUAUCUAUGGCAAAGACGUUUUUGAGGCCUUCUAUAAGAAAGAUUUAGCCAAACGCCUCUUAGUUGGAAAGAGUGCAUCUGUAGAUGCUGAAAAAUCAAUGCUGUCCAAACUUAAACAUGAAUGUGGAGCUGCUUUCACUAGCAAACUGGAAGGAAUGUUUAAAGACAUGGAGCUUUCUAAAGACAUCAUGAUUCAGUUCAAACAGGUAAAAUAUAUGCAAAAUCAGAACGUACCUGGAAAUAUUGAACUAACUGUGAAUAUCCUCACAAUGGGCUAUUGGCCAACAUAUGUGCCUAUGGAAGUCCAUUUGCCAACAGAGAUGGUAAAACUUCAGGAAAUUUUCAAGACAUUUUAUUUAGGCAAACACAGUGGCAGAAAACUCCAGUGGCAGUCGACCUUAGGACACUGUGUGCUCAAAGCCGAAUUUAAAGAAGGUAAAAAAGAACUUCAGGUCUCUCUUUUUCAAACCCUGGUGCUGCUAAUGUUUAAUGAAGGAGAGGAGUUCAGUUUAGAAGAGAUCAAGCAAGCCACCGGAAUAGAGGAUGGAGAGUUGAGAAGGACGCUGCAGUCACUAGCCUGUGGCAAAGCUCGAGUUCUGUCAAAAAACCCAAAGGGAAAAGAUAUUGAAGAUGGUGACAAAUUCAUUUGUAACGAUGAUUUCAAACACAAACUGUUCAGGAUAAAGAUCAAUCAAAUCCAAAUGAAAGAAACGGUUGAAGAACAGGCUAGCACUACAGAAAGAGUAUUUCAAGAUAGACAAUAUCAAAUUGAUGCUGCAAUUGUCCGAAUUAUGAAGAUGAGGAAAACACUUAGUCACAAUCUCCUUGUUUCAGAAGUAUACAAUCAGUUAAAAUUUCCAGUAAAACCUGCAGAUCUAAAGAAGAGAAUAGAAUCCUUAAUUGACCGAGACUACAUGGAACGAGAUAAAGAAAACCCAAACCAGUAUAACUAUAUUGCAUAGAAUGUUGGCCUUGGAACACUGUUAUACGCAGUAGCCAGUGGAUAAACUAACUUGUUGAAUCUCCUAUUAUUUGACUUCUUUUAUACUUCCAAUGACCAAAUCAAGCAGUGUAAUGGAAAUAGUUGAGUGGACUUUUCUCAGUGGUUAACAUGCCAUUUUAAAGAGUAAUACUUAACCUUUAAGAAGAAUGUUGUGCAACUCUUUGCAUGUUAUUUAGUAUGAUGUGCAGAAAACUCUUUAAGAAAGUACCCGGUCUUCAUGAUUCCUUUUUGGAACUGGGGAAGAGAUAUCCCUAUGGUUAUUAAAAGGGGAGGGGGGUUCUUAUACCAUUAAUGAAGCAAAGGUUUAUUUGCUUAAAAGUCAUUUAAAGAUACUUAAACUGCAUGCAAACUUUAUUUACUGUACAGAGUUCUGGAUGUAUUUAUCAAAUAGAAAAACCACCCUGGACUUGGUUGUUCACUUGUUUUGUGGUUUCCCUUGAAAAGAAAAAUAAACUGUCAUAGCUAUUGAUAUUUUACUAGAAAACAUUCUGUUUCAUGGAAAGGGAUGUUUGAAAAACUUCUUUGGAAACAUUUUCAAGUAGGGCGACAGUUACUGACACAAUAAUUUGUAUAUUCACAUCCUAAUGUUUCCAUUUCUGAAUAUGGGAUGUGUAUAUGUGACCUAGCCCUGAGUUUACUAUGCUAACAGGUACUUUCAAAAAAUAGCUAAAAUAGAAAAAUUGCUGUUCAUCCUGUACUAGAGGAACAUAGCAAGAUUGAAAAAUCCAAAUCUUCGUAUUAAAAAUGAAUACAAUAUGAAAAUCACAAGUGACCAAAAAUCAACAUGUUUUAUGAAAUUUUACAGGCUCAGAAAUUCACCAACUAGUUUUCCACAUGCUUUAGUCUUUAAAUGUUGUUUGGACAGUUUUUGUCUUGAAUUUGGACAAGUUGUUGAAUGUUGCCUGCUUCCUGGGGUUUUCAUUCCAGUUUUCUCUGCUAAAGGUUUUUGUUUUGAUUUGUUGUGUUUUUUAAACCCCACUGCUCUUUAUUGGUAAACAAAGCCUUUACUGUCAUAGUGGAUACUCUUUAUCUGGAAACUGAGAUAAGAGUUUCCCCUUAUGUUGCCAGGCGUGGUGGCGCACGCCUUUAAUCCCAGCACUGGGCAGAGGCAGGUGGAUCUCUGUGAGUUUGAGGCCAGCCUGGUCUACAUAGUGACUUCCAGGCCAGCUGGGGAUACAGGGAGACCCUGUCUCAAAAAGACAAAAAAAAAAAAGAGUUUACCUUUAUUUUCAUUACAUACUCCCUAUUUGGAAAUUUUAAGUUCUGUAUUCUUUUUUCUGUAUUCUUUUUGGAAUUGCUUGAAUUUAAGAGUUCUCAUAGCCACUGGACACCUGCUUUUCAGGGAAAUGUCCCCAAAUUUUCAUACAUAGAAAAUUGAAAAAGUAUUGUUAUUCAAACAAAAAUGUGAGUAAAAGGCUUCUCUUCAUCAUCGUGGCUUGUUUGUCAUGAAGGGAAUUGAUUAUGGAAGAGAGGCAGAAAGUUUUAGUGUUUUUUUAUUAGAACUUCUUUAAUAUUUUGUGCAACAGCGUAUUUCCUUGUCUGUUUGGAGCCAUUGGGGGAGUGCCUAGAUCCAAACCUUCAACUUAGAAGACUUGGGACUCUUGUGUCUACUAUUGAUUGUUUUCUUGAGUUCUCAAAGACCUGUGGCCAGCUAUCUAUAUUUUUUAAGGUUGCCUGUUUCUCUCCAAUUGCAUCAACUUGCACAAUGUUUAACUAUAUAUAGUAUUUAGAAUUCCUUCCCAAUUCUUUUUGAGCAGCCAUGACGUAUAUUUUUUUCAGCUCCUCCCUAGUGUCCUUACAGGAGCUUUUCUGACAAGGAAAUGUGGUUAUUUUGUUUACUGGACCAUCUACAUCAGUGUUCUAACUCAUCCCUGAUGGGCUCUGGGAUAUCUAGACUAUUACACCACUCACUAGUUACUCUUAAGGGAUUUUAGGUAGAGUUCCUACUAGGAGGCUCUUGAUAUCACCUUUAUUGUCUUGAAAGCGGGUCCCUUUCCUGAGGUUCUUAAUUCUUU